UUUUAAUACAAGAUAAACGUAGAACAUUGUCGUUUUGAACAAAGACGGUGCAUUUUCAGCCUGAAAAGUAUAAUUGCCUAGAAGGAAUUUCCAGAAUGUCUCAUUAUCCUCCCCACGGCGGUCCACCCCCCUACGUCGGCUACCCCCCGCCCCCCGGGGUUGCUUACGUGCCAGCGCCUGUGAUGAUGCCCGUGUACCCUCCCCCCGCGUUCCCUUACCCCCCCGCUUACCCGCAGCCACAGCCGCAGCCACCUCAGCCAGAUCCCGUACAGGUUGUUGACAAUGUACCACCGCCCCCCGUAGAACCAGAAAUUGAUUGGGUAUCUACAACCACGCAUGCUGCUGAAUCAUUAACCAACCGUGUAUUUGUGACUGGUCGGGAGGGCUGGGACGGUAGCCCUCUGUGGACCAUCAGAGCGCACCACAACGGGAACCUCGUGCCUGGCAAGCUGGCGGUCGUCCACAGAGCUGCGUAUAUACCAUUUGCUGGACGGGAAAUACGUGUUCAUGAUUUCGAGGUUCUAGUCGCAAAUCCAAACAAAGUCCGAUGGAUUCCAGCUAGCAAUGGACAAGUCCCGUCCGGUGCGAUCGUGGGUGGUAACACUCACACAGGGGAGCCUCUGUACAUCGCGCGCGUGAGACAUAGAGGUUCUAUCACGCCUGGCAAGGUUCAUCCUAGUCAUGGCUGUGCUUACAUUUCUUUUGAUGGAUCCGAGAUAAACUACAGAAAUUACGAAGUCCUUUGUGAAGUUGGCAGCUAUGGCGGAAUAAGGCCAUUAUAAAUGGACCCUUCGAUCUUAUGAAAAUAAUAAUUGCACUUGAUUGCAAACGUUGUUACCUACCAGAUAAAUGUAUACAGAGUGACUGAUAAGACGUCAGACGCAUUUUGACAGGAGCUUCUUCUCAUGAAACUGAACAACUUUUGUUCUACAACUUUGCUGAAUUCGUAGAAAAAAAUUUGGACUUUGUAUGGAAAUCGGUCAGCUGAUUAGCGAAGUUUCCUUACAAAGUCCAAUUUUUUUUUACGAAUUCAGCAAAGUUUUAGAACAAAAGUUGUUCAGUUUCAUGAGUAGAAGUUCCUGUCUAAAUUCGUCUAACGUCUUACCUUUCACCUGGUAUUGUUAUGAAUUGUAAAUUUUUUAUCGUAUUGUAAAUAUUGACUAUUUUUAAAUUGUGAAUUAAUAACCGAAUGUAAAUUUUGAACUUUAAUAAAUACUUACGGAUUUUUUUAUUUUAUAAA